CCAUGAGUGAAAGUGCAAAGGAGUGCCGGGUGGCGUACAGCCCCAAAGUCGGGGACAUCAUGAGGAUGAAGACCGAAGUGGGGACCCCAGCUGACGAGCGGACUCACAGCCAGCAAUGCUCUGCCGGCUCCAAUUCUCGCUGCGUGGACCUGGAACCCAAGAGAUUAAAAGAGAAGCGGGGGGCUGCAGUGACCAAGAGUCUCCAGCAAGUGGACUUUUGGUUCUGCGAGUCCUGCCAGGAGUACUUUGUAGAUGAGUGUCCCAGCCACGGCCCCCCUAUCUUGGUGCCAGAUAUGCAAGUCACUAUGGGAACCCCCGAUCGGGCAGCACUGACGGCACCGCGUGGGAUUGAGGUGGUAAAGGACUCCAGUGGAGAGAGCGAAGUGCGUUGCAUCAACGAGGUCAUCCCCAAAGGACACGUCUUCGGACCAUACGAAGGACAGGUCUCUUUGCAGGACAAAUCAUCGGGCUUCUUCUCCUGGCUGGUAGUGGAUAAUAACAACCGGUAUAAAUCCAUCGAUGGAACUGACGAAGCCACCUCCAACUGGAUGAGGUACGUGGUGAUAUCACGAGAGGAAAGCGAGCAAAACCUGAUGGCGUUCCAGCACAGCGAGAAGAUCUACUUCCGAGCGUGUCGGGACAUCCAGCCCGGAGAGAAGCUGAGAGUCUGGUACAGUGAUGAAUACAUGAAGAGACUCCACAGCAUGUCUCAGGAGACAAUCAUCCGCAACCUCACUAGAGGAGAAAGAGGUUUGUUGAGGGAAAACAAUGACAAACUCUUGGAAAACCAAGAAGACAUGAAAGGUCCACUCACUGCCCUUAAACAAGGGAAGAGCCUCUACAAGCGCAGCUGUGAGGAGGGGGACUUAAACUCUCAUGCCAAGAAGAAAAAAAUAGACCUCAUCUUCAAGGAUGUACUAGAGGCUUCUCUGGAGUCUGCCAAAAUGGAGGAGCAUUCUCCGAUGACAAGCAGCCCGAAGCUGGGGAAAAAAGUUCCCAAAUAUCAAUUAGAGGACAUUGAGGACAGGUGCAAAGCCAAUCAAAAGUGUUCCCCCGCCCAUAACCAAACCAGAACCUUGAUGGAGUGGAAGGUGCCUCAGUGUUCCAACCGAAUCUUAGACAGGGAGAUCAGCCAACAGGAGGAAGAAGUAGAAGAUCACUCCUCCAUAAAAUUAGAGAGCCCUGAUGAAUUCUCUGCCCUCGGAGACACCGAGGAGAUUGCCACAACCUCUUUCUGCCCCAACUGUAUUAGGUUAAAGAAGAAGAUCAGAGAGCUUCAGGCUGAGGUGGAGAGGCUAAAGUCCGGAAAGGUUCCUGAGGUUCCACAGUUCCUGCCUCAGAAAAUCGAGGUGCCAGAAUAUUCAGAUACCUCAGCCCCAGAGAACAUGUCCAUUGCUCCCACUAUGAUGGAGGAUGAUGAACAGGAAGUGGACUCUGCGGAUGAAUCGGUUUCGAAUGAGAUGCUGGCGGUAACUGAUGAGCCUUCUAAGAUGUCGGUUGCCUCUGGUAGAAGAAUUCGCCGGUUCAAGCAAGAGUGGCUCAAAAAGUUCUGGUUUUUGAGGUACUCUUCAACGUUGAACGAGAUGUGGUGUCACGUUUGCAGGCAAUAUACGGUUCAGUCCUCCAGGACUUCAGCCUUUAUUAUCGGUUCUAAACAGUUUAAGAUUCACACUAUAAAGCUCCACAGCCAAAGUAACCUCCACAAGAAAUGCUUGCAGCUUUAUAAGCUCAGGAUGCACCCAGAAAAGACUGAGGAGAUGUGUCGAAACAUGACUCUUCUCUUCAACACUGCAUACCACUUGGCUAUGGAGGGGAGGCCUUACUAUGACUUCCGACCUCUAGCGGAACUACUGAGAAAGUGUGAACUUCGUGUGGUUGACCAGUACAUGAAUGAAGGUGAUUGUCAGAUCCUGAUACAUCACAUUGCCAGAGCACUUCGAGAAGAUUUAGUAGAGCGUAUCCGACAAUCUCCUUUUUUAAGCAUUAUUUUGGAUGGGCAAAGCGAAGACCUUCUUGCCGAUACUGUAGCAGUCUAUGUCCAAUACACAAGCAAUGAUGGACCACCUGCCACAGAGUUUCUCUCUCUUCAGGAGUUGGCCUUGCCUACAACUGAGAGUUAUCUCCAAGUAAUCGACAGGGCUUUCUCAGCCCUUGGGAUCAGACUGCAGGACGAGAGGCCGACUGUUGGGUUGGGCGUCGAUGGCUUCAACAUAACAGCUGGACUAAGAGCAAAUUUGUACAUGACAAUCAGGAAAACCUUGCCUUGGAUACUGUGUUUACCUUUUAUGGUGCACAGGCCCCACUUAGAAAUCUUGGAUGCAAUUAGUGGAAAAGAACUUCCAUGUCUGGAAGAAUUAGAAAACAAUCUAAAACAGUUACUUAGCUUCUAUCGGUACUCCCCCCGUCUGAUGUGUGAGCUUCGACUCACAGCUGCAACCCUUUGUGAGGAGACGGAAUUUUUGGGUGACAUCCGUGCAGUGAAGUGGAUCAUAGGUGAGCAAAAUGUAUUGAACGCUUUGAUUAAGGACUACUUAGAAGUAGUAGCCCAUUUGAAAGAUGUUAGUGGGCAGACGCAAAGGGCAGAUGCCUCUGCAAUAGCAUUGGCCCUCCUUCAGUUCCUCAUGGAUUAUCAGUCAAUUAAGCUUAUUUACUUCCUGUUGGAUGUGAUUGCAGUCUUGUCCCGCCUUGCUUAUGUCUUCCAAGGAGAAUAUCUCUUGGUUUCCCAGGUGGAUGAAAAAAUCGAGGAAGCUAUUCAAGAAAUUAGCCGACUGACUGAUUCACCUGGGGAAUACCUUCAAGAGUUUGAAGAAAACUUCCGGGAAAGCUUCAACGGCAUCUCCUUGAAAAACCUGCGUGUAGCAGAAGCUAAAUUUCAGUCCAUCCGUGAGAAGAUUUGCCAGAAGACCCAACUCACCCUGGCCCAAAGAUUUGAUUCCCGUACCCGAAUGUUCGUUAAAGCUUGCCAGGUUUUCGAUUUGUCUUUUUGGCCCAGGAGCACAGAGGAGCUGAUAACAUACGGAGAGGAGGACAUGCUACAAAUUUAUGAACACCUGGGUAGCAUUCCAUCUUUUCUUCCAGAUGUUUCCAGGGAAGGAGCCGACGCAAGGGGCAGCUUGCUGAUGGAGUGGCGAGAGCUCAAAGCAGACUACUGUACCAAAAACGGUUUCAAGGACUUGAUCGGCCACAUCUGCAAGUACAAACAGCGGUUUAUCCUCUUAAACAAGCUUGUCCAGAUCUUGAAAGUCCUUCCUACGUCGACGGCCUGCUGCGAGAAAGGACGCAACGCACUUCAAAGGCUACGCAAAAACAAUCGUUCACGGUUGACAUUGGAUCAGCUGAGCGACCUCUUAACCGUAGCGGUGAACGGGCCGCCCAUCACCAAUUUCGAUGCCAAGAGAGCUUUGGACAGCUGGUUUGAGGAGAAAUCGGGCAACAGCUACUCACUAUCAGCUGAUAUGCUUAGUAAGAUGUCCUCUCUCGACCAGAAGCCAAUGCUUCACCCUAUGGAACUUGGAUCAGAGUAUUACCAAGACAUUUAGGAUUUGACAAA